UGUCUUAAGGGGCCACGCGGGAGCAAUGCGUCGAUCACGCUUCAUUGGUAAAUCGUUGUAGCGAAACCAAUACCUGCCUGCAAAGGACCUCAUUCUUGGUUGAAGCCAGGAUUAGAAGCCGUUGCCACAUAGCCCAGCCCAAAUUCGGGUACGGGGCUGAGCGUCUCACUGAGCGUGCCAAACGACCGCCCGCUGCAGCCAGUAGACUCCUGCAAAACUCAUCAAAUUCAGAGGGAAGGCACAGCACGACCGCCAGGUACUCAUCUGCGCCAAUCCGAAGCAGUGGCCACCCUGCAAGCUCUAUAAUCUGCAGGCUGUGAUUGAAGUAGCCAGACUCAACGUUGAGGGCCAGAGUGUCAGGCAGACAUCGCCAUUUGUCUGACCCGCCGCGGGACGAGGGGCGAUACGAGCAACUGCACCAUGUUAGACGACGAGGCGGACCCCGAGCUCCUGGCUCUCUUGCGCCAACACCUUCAAGGCAAGCCGGUCGUCGAGGCCGAGCCCGAGACGGGCGUCCUCGAGAGCGCCGAAUUCGUCUACGAUCAUGGCAUCGACGUCGCCAUCGACAUGCGGGCAACCAAGAACGCCGCUGAGAGCAUCUAUAAGCAGAUGCAGGAGAAGAGCUUUUCGACAGCCUCCUGGUCGGAGCAUGAGCUGCACCCCAAGGCCAAGGAUGAGGCAACCGUCGCCUUCAUCUUCACCAUGGACCUGCUCAACUUUUCGUUUUGGUCCGAGCUGCCCGACGACGAGAGAUUUGCCAUUGAGUACCGGGGGAAGAGAUGGACUGGGUACUGGAGCCUCGUCGCCGCGAUGCAAAGAGCUCUGGAUGACGGCAUUCCGAUCACCGAUCCGCACUUUUGGCACAGCGAGGAUGAGUGCAACCUUGAGUCGCUGCGACACAUCUUUCGCUCUUGCACGGAAGAGGAGAUGCCGCUGCUAAGUGAGCGCCUUGACUGCUUGAGAGAGAGCGGUCAGGUUCUUUACGAGCGGUAUGAAUGUUCCAUUACCAGUCUUGUCGAGGCGGCCGACGGCUCUGCAGCCCGCCUGGUCAAUAUCCUGGCCCGAGAUUUCUCGUGCUUCCGGGACGAGCAUUCCUUUACGGGGAGGGAAAAGCCCAUAAGACUGCUGAAGCGGGCCCAGAUCCUCGUAGCCGAUCUCUGGGCCUGUUUCCAAGGCGACUCGUACGGCACGUUUCGCGACAUCGACAAAAUUACCAUGUUUGCCGACUACCGGGUGCCACAGAUACUAAUCUCCGUCGGCGCGCUCUACUGCAGCCCCUCUGUGGCUACGGCUAUCAAGGAUAGGCAGCUGCUAAAGAGCGGUAGCAGCUGGGAAGUACAACUGAGAGCAUGCAGUAUCUGGUGCGUCGAACUCAUACGGAGAGAAAUCCGGAGGCACCAUCCCGACACAAACGUAAAUGCCAUCCUGAUAGACUUUUUCCUGUACGACAAGAUGAAGGAACUAGAAGCAGAGGGGAAAGAGGCGUUCCCUCAUCAUCGGACGAGAAGCAUUUGGUACUAGAAAGAACAGCAACUGGUUUCAAUAGUCUCGUAGCCACUAAGUGUAUGGCCAAAUAGGGUGUAUUUCACGUCACUUUCGUACAAAUUCCGCUGUGUGUAGCAAGCGGAUACAAGCCAAGCCCAAAACGCCGGAGCUCAAAACCCAUCGUGAAGCAAAAGUGAAAGGAAAG